CUGGCCAGUCUUGCUACAGCUGUGCGUACGUGUGUGUGGCAGGGUUUGUUUUUGUGUCGACGUGUUGUGCUCAACGUGCUUCGUUCAAACGGGGCUUUGAGAACGGUUUGCAUUAAAGGCGAGUGCAGAGGCGACCUCCACCUGCUCGCCGCGACCCCCGAGGACGAGGUGUCGGGGAUUACGUCACCGCGGCCCCUCGGCUCGCGGGCGUGACUCACCGCCCGGCCGACUAGCGGCCUUCACACACCAUCGGCAGGUGGGAGUCGGAGGCGAGUGAAGGAGUUGGGAUAUGUGCGCUUUUGGAGUGCCACCAGAACAUGAGUGAGCGGCGCGCCUGCCUGCCCGUGCGCUCGGAGGAGGCGGCCGAGCGCAUGGCGCGCUACAAGGAGCAGCGGCGGCGCCAGCUGGCCGAGCAGUUCGGCGCGCGAGCCGACGACCCGCCCGCGCGCCGCUGCGUCAGUAGCCGCGACCCCGCGCCCGUGCGCACCACCCGGACCUCGCGGCUGCGGGCGGCCGGGGCCAGCUCCUCGGACAGCGGCAAGGAGUCGCGGCGGGCCGACGGCGCCGGCAGCAGGAUCUCCCCUAGCCGCGGCCAGGACUCGGCCCCCCCUCCGGCCUCGCUGCGGCUGAGCGGCGGCACGGGCGCCCCCCAGGCGCGCGCCAGGAAGCUGGGGGUCGCCGAGCGCCGCGGGACCGCCACGGCCUCUUCCUCCGACCUCGAGCCCGGGCCGGCGCCGCCCCCGGACGCCGCCGCCAGGACCCUGGACCGCCGCGAGAAGGACAAGAGCUCCAAGAGGAAGUCCAACUUGAACCGCUCCCUGACUGAGGAAGUCGUCGUCGAUCUCGCGGACGAGCGCGUGGCGCGACGGCGCCGGCGAGCGGAGCCGCCCGAGCUGGUGGGGCGGCGCGCGGCCUGGAGCCCCGAGGGCGGGGGGCGGGAGGACGCCGCCCCCGCCGCCCCCGCCGCCCCCGCCGCCCCCGCCGCCCCCUCUGCCCCCGGCGCCCCGUCCAGUCCUACACAAAUGGCAAGUUCACCUGACAAUCAAGUUAAGACUGCAGACUGCGUGGAGUCUUCUGAGAACCGUGUUAAUGGUUUUUAUAAUGAAGAUACAGUCCAUGAAUCAAUUCCAGUAAAGGUGAAUGGUAUACACACGGAAUACGAUUCUGCUUUUGUGAUCCAAGAUAUAUCAGGUGCCAAAUCUUCUACUCGUAAACAUGUUUUGGUUGAAGAAUCGGACUUAUGUCAUCACGUACCUCAAAUUUCUAGUCUUCCAACCUCUCUCCAACGUUCAACUAGCUUUCGUACGAGGGAGGCCUCUAGAAGUCUCUCUGGCUCUCCAGUAAGACAUCCAUCCUCAAUACUGAAGAAGAAAUCACUCGACGAGACGCAGAGCACAUCACAUUCUCCCGUGCAUUUAGUUUCCAUCUUGAAGCGCAAACCAUCGAGGGACUCCUCGUCCGUCUCCCCGGUCACGUUCUCUCCGACCGUGGUGGACUCAGUAUCACGGCGCAGCAAACAGCACGGCAUCCUCAAGAAGCGCGCCAGCUUGGACGAGUGUGAGGUCAUGAGGAGGAGCUGCUCUCCGGACCUCGGGAGUGAGCCCCACGAUUUCAAGCCCAUCCUCAAACAUCAUCGCAGAUCCUCGCUGGAGGAGUUGGUGAGGCGGACACAGUCGCCAGACCCUCAGCCACAGUCCAUACUGAAACGCAGAACCAGUCGGGAGGAUGUUUUAGAGGAUUGUGGCUCGACCUCCUCUGAGCCACAGGGCAUACUGAAGCGCAAGAUGGCCAGCAGCAACAGCAGUAAUUGCAGUAGUGCCAGCAACUCCCCGCAUGUGUCGAUAUCAUCUUCCGUGAUGCUUGCUGCCGGGAUCGACACCACGGAAACCUCGGAUGCGACGGAACAGGUGAAGCCUAUCUUAAAGAAAAAAAGUAGCUCCGAAGACAGUACGAGUGCAGAUUGUUCCUCUGAAGUGCCUAAGCCCAUUCUGAAAAAGCACAGCUUCGAAGUUGAAGAUUUAGAUGACAGACCGAUGAAGCCGAUUCUGAAAACUUCUCGGAAGUCUUCCCGGGAAGAGUGGGAUUCGUACUUGCCAGGCAGGCAUGUGCUGCUUAGAGGGAGGAGUCUAGGCUCAGACUCUGUUUCUGGAUCAGAUUGUGAAGUUAAACCAAUACUCAAACAGCAGAGCAGCGACGCUAAACAGCAAAGGGAGCGUUCUGCAUCGCCCAGGCAUAAACUUUCUUUCUCUGACUCCAGGGACACUCAAUCGUUGGAUGGCUCGGACAUUGGUGGUGUGGUGAAACGUCGCCCGCGACCACGUCCAGCAUCCAUCGUUGGAGUGGUGAGAUCAGGCUCUUCAGCCAUAGACAGCGAACUUAGUUCGAUUCUGAGCAGGCGUAGGUCCUUGGAAGUGGAUAACGUCGCAUCACAGAAUCUUGAAGGGGAAGUUUCACCUGAACCACCAUUUUCUGUUAAAAACAAUUCACAAUCUCCAGAAAUUGCUGACCUUCCGCCAUCUACCUCUGUGGCAGAAAGAAUUCUUACCAUGGAAAGCUUUCUGAGUGAAGAAUCGCACAAUGGAAUUUCUGUGAUUCAAGCAUCCAGAGGUGCAGUGCCAAAGACUCGAAUUUUUCACAGGAUAGGAAAGAGCAAGGACAGGUUCUACACCCAGCCAGUCACAUUGGAAGAAAUCAAGGCUUCAGAAAGGUUUGAGUCGGUGCAGACAUUUCAGAAGAGUGUGGAAGGGAGUAAACUCGGUGGGGCAGAUGCGCUAGAGCGCUUGCCGUCGCCCGUAGUGCGGGAGGACAUGAGCUCGGGAGCCGAGGGUGCGGGCCUGCAGCGGAGCGCCAGCGUGGUGGCGCGGGCCUCGCUCUUCGCGCGGCUCGAGGAGCAGACGAGGGCGGCCGCCGACGAGGCCAAGUCCCGCCGCCUGCCCCGCCGCAGGGACCGGGACCCCGAGGCGGCCGGCCGCUACGCCACGCAGCCCGUCACGUGCGAGGAGCUUCACGAGGCGGCCCGGCAGAACCAGUGCGCCAGCACCGCGGACCAAGGAGAGGGUAGAGACGAGGAGGAUCCGUCGAAGCUCACGCUUGCCGAGCGGGUGAGGCUGUUCAACCAGAAGAUCAAGGAGGAGACUCUCCCGAAGGCGGCGGACGCCCCGCUCCAGCGGCCGCUGGCGCGGAAGAGGGUGGUGUCCUCCCGUUUCAAGACACAGCCCGUCACCACGGACGAAGUGGACAAUGCUCAGAGAAUCUCCACGCUUGCGGCGACCUUGACAAAGCCCCCGGAUGAUGAACUCCUAGGGUCAUUGUCAGCAAAAGCCGUCAAAGAAAAAAUAUAUGAACAUGCAUCCAAAAUCUUGAGUAAGCAAAAAUUUGACUCUAGUAAGAAGACUUAUCGUAUUGCAACAAAUGGAGAUGAAAAACCAAAAGGUAUACUUAAGAACUCUAGAGAGGUUGAAACUAAAACUUUGGGCCAGAGCGACAUUGUUGGUGAUGAUGACGAGGAGGAGGAGGAGGAGGAGGAGGAGGAGGAUGAUAAUGACGAUGAGUCUGGGAAUGAAGUUAAGAGCAUACUGAAGUUACCAUCCUCAGGAUCCACGUCCCCAACUGCUGAGCUGGAGGGCUUUAGACAGCUGAAGAGCGUCCUGAAGAAGGAGACGGACAAGGACCAACACUGCGAGGUGGUGUCAACGACAAACGAGCACCUUCGAUCCAUACUGAAGCAGGAGUCAAAGGACUGGAGCGCCGAGGACGGUGCUUUGCCUUCCAGCGCCGAGGACGGCUCUGCUCCUUCUGAAGAAGAAGUGUCGGAGGGCAAGGCUCAGGCCGGCAAGACUGUCCAUCUACGUGGCGGCAAAGAAAUGGACCUGGUCAGCAUCUUGCACGAUGUCGAGGCCACGGCCAGGCAGCAGAGGCAAGCCAACAACUGUAACAGUGCGGACAGCCGAGAGAAGCUCAUGAACCAGAAGAACCUGUCUCAUGACGAAGAGACCAAGAGCGUGAGGCACUCCUACCAGAAGGCUCGUGUGGCGGAAAUAUCCAGCAAAACCAUAAGUGAAUCCUACAGCAGCAAGAAGAUAGUAUCCAAUCACCAGGAAUACAAGUCCUCGGUGCACCGCAAGGUUGACGCAAGACACUCCGAAGAGAGUCAGUCUGUGCGGAAGCUUGUGGAGAGUCCCCAGGGUGUGAAAGUGGUCUCCGGUUUGAGGCAGAGGAAGAGCUACGAGCACAAGCUGCACAGGCACCUGGACGAGGUCUCCUCUCAGAACGAUACGACGCCGCCGACGUCGGAUGGAGACACGUCUUCUUCUGGCGGGAGGGAAGUCCGGCAGAUCAUAAGCAGCGAGACUGUCUCGCGGAGGCGACAGCCACCCGUCAGCAAGUAUAAAGCAAGGUCGAGCGCGCCCGCGCAGCCGGAGCUGUCCAAGAGCAGGAGCCACUCCGCCGUGGCGACCUGCGCCACUCGCGGCCUGCAGGUCACCUCGAGGACCUGUUCGGACCGGCACGCGGAGUUGGAGAGCCAUGGCCCGGAGAGCUUGUCGGGGUUCGUCCGGGAUGGCAUCAGGCGGAGCUUCACCCAGCCCAUGACCCACCUGGAGCACCAGGAGGCCGGCGGCGACAAGGAGGUGAACAGGACCAGCAUUGCGGACAGGGUGGCUGCACUGCAGAAGAGCAAGGAGCAUGACUGGAGGAAGCGUGUGCCAAAAACCAAUGCCGACGAGGAGCUGAUCUGCACAGUCAACAACCACAUUAAUGCAUCUCCGGACGAGAGAGAUGAGGUGGUCAGCGGCGGCAGCAUAUUGGCCGACAGGAAGGAGAAGCUGGACGCUGCCAAGCAGGGAUGGAAGAGGCGCGUGGAGCCCACCGAUGCGGUCAAGUUCUCGGUGGCGGGCAAGAUGAAGCUGGAGAACAAGGCGGGAGACCAGCCCCUGGCCUUGUCACAGCAGAAUGGAGAGAGGAGACGCAGGAUGCCGCAGAGAUCCAGGUUUAGGAGUAAAAUGGCUCAGUUGAAGGAGAUCUCUUCCACGCCUUCUUCUCCUCAGAAGGAAAUCACUCCAAUGUUCAAGCGCAGCAUCUCUGCUCCAGGAGGGAAUGAUGAUGAUUUAUCUUUGGAUCAGGAGACCAUUUUGAAUGGCUCAAAAGUUGUCGUCCCACGGACAGAUGAUGAAACCUUCACCGCUUUCUUUCGCAGUGCUUUGUCAGAGCACACACAGAAAGAACAGCUUGAGAUAAAUGACGAAGAUCUGGACCUAGUCAUAUCGAAAUCCAGCCAGUUGUCGGUCCAGAAGAGGACUGUGAAGGUGCAGCGCCGCCACGUGGCCUCCCGAAACCCCGUCAAGGCGCUGGCGUCUCGGGUCGACGUCCAGGAAUACCUGGAGGUGCGCACAGGGGUGGCCGAGAAGGAGCUCAGGAGACUCAACAUGGAGAAGCUGUCGAAGAACUCUUCGUUCGCGGUGGAGGCGCUGGCGGGGCUGGCCAGCAAGGAGGACUUCUCGUCGGUGGCUCUGAGGAAGGCUCUGCCCGGCACCGCGGCCAUGGCUCCUCACAAGGACCUGAUGCUGCUGCACGUGAAGGGGCGACGCCACGUGCAGACGCGGCUGGUGGAGCCGUGUGUGCGCAGCGUCAACGGCGGGGACUGCUACGUGCUGGUCACGCCCUCGGAGGUGUUCCACUGGGUGGGGGCCUAUGCCAACGUGGUGGAGCGGUCGCGGGGCGCCGAGGUGGCCCUGCACGUGCAGCAGAAGAGGGACCUGGGCUACCGGGGCUCCGGCCCCGUCGUCACGCUCCUUGAGGAGAAGGGGGCCGGCUCCUCCGCGGCCGGCCGGUUCUGGCGGCUGCUCGGCGGGGACGAGCACAGCACGGCGGCAGAGGCGGGCCAUCCGGAUGAGGACGAGCUCUACGAGUCGUCCAUCAUAGACACGAACGUGGUGUACGAGGUGGAGGAUGAAGAGUUGGUGCCCUUGAACCAGUACCUGGGCACCAUACCUAGGAUACAGAUGCUGGACCCCAGCAAGAUCCUGGUGUUUGACUUUGGCUCGGAGAUGUACGUGUGGAAUGGCAAGACGGCACCGCUGGAGAGGCGGAGGGUGGCUCAGCACCUCGCUCAGGAGCUCUGGGCGGAGGGCUUCGACUACUCGGAGUGCGACGUGUGCCCGGUGACGGUGGCCGGAACGGUCGGGGGCCAGCCGGGGCGUCCCGACGACUGCCCCUUGGCCGGGCCCUGCCGCCCCGACUGGGCCCUGCUCGCCAAGGUCACCCAGCACAUGGAGACGGUGCUGUUCCGCGAGAAGUUCCUGGACUGGCCGGACUUCAGCCGCGUCAUCCGCUCCAAGGGCUGCGAAGACACAGACAAGCAGGUAGACGCGAGUAUUGACAUCAGUCCGUGUGAUGCAAGGAAGAUGCUGGAGGAAAACCAAAGUUACCCGGACCUGGAGCUGGAAGGAAGCCACCUGGGCAGAGGAGACGUGUACUACGAUGAAGAGACUCACCGCCACUACGAGAUCACGACGCAGGGUGUGACAAUGUGGCACGUGAUGGAGUUUGAAUCGGUGCAGUUGCCUGUCUCUUCCUUGGGGCAGUUCCACAGCGCAGACAGCUUCGUGGUUCGGUGGACGUACUCAAUCACGGUCACAGGGCGGGAGCUGAGCGGCCAGCCGUCGCGGCACUCGAUGGCCGGGCGGGACCGGUGCGCCUACUUCUGCUGGCAGGGGUCGGAGGCGUCGCUGAACGAGCAGGGUGCGGCGGCCCUGCUGACGGUGGAGCUGGACCAUGAGCGGGGGCCCCAGGUGAGGGUCGUGCAGGGCCAGGAGCCCCCGGCCUUCCUGCGGCUCUUCCGGGGGGCCAUGCUGGUGCACAGCGGCUCCCGGGAGAGCGAGCACGCCAACCACAGGCGAGGGUGGCGGCUGUACGUGUGCCGUGGGGAGCGCGUGCCGGAGGCAGCCCUGGUCCAGGUGGCGUGCAGCUUGCGCAGUCUCAGGAGCCGGGCCUCGUUCGUGCUCGUGAGGCCAGCCACGGGGACUGUGCACGUGUGGCACGGAGCCAAGACACAGCCCCACACGCGUGAGGUUGCUUUGUCUGCCGCUGAUCAUCUGAAGAAGAGGCCUUUGGAAAUUGAGUUUCCACCACAAGCUGAAAUAACGAUCACAGUGCAGCACGAAGGCUCUGAAAGCAAAGACUUUUUUUCUGCCGUGGGUGGUUGCAACCGGCAGCUGUACGUGUCGCUGCAGGGAGACGCAGGCAUGUUCGACUACUCCCCCCGCCUCUUUCACCUGAGCAGCCUCAGCGGCACGCUCUGCGCCACGGAGGUGCUCUCUCCCCUGCGGGACGAGCACACCGUGGUGGCCUACCCCUUCCUGCAGACCGACCUGUACUCCGCCAGCCAGCCCGCCCUGUUCCUGCUGGACGACCGGCGCGAGCUGUGGCUGUGGCAGGGCUGGUGGCCAGACUGCGGCGAGGAGGGCGGCCUGGACAGCAGCUUGGUGCGCGGGUCCCGGGCCGUGCUGUGGCAGGUGGAGCGGCGGGCGGCCAUGCAGACGGCCCUCGACUACUGGCGGCUGAAGCACGGCGACUCCGUGGCGCCCCGCGCGUGCCUGGUGUGGGCAGGCCUGGAGCCCUUGCGCUUCACCAACCUCUUCCCUGCGUGGACGGACCGCGAUGAUGUCGCCGAGCUGAAUAUCAGUGACGGCAGGAAGCCGGGGGAGCUGCUGACCGUGGAGACGGAGCUGGCGAGACUGACGUGCUCUACGUACCCGGCCGUCCAACUGCUGCAGAGGCCUCUCCCGGACGGAGUGGAUCCCACGCGGCUCGAGCUGUACUUGGAGCCCAGCCAUUUCCAGGAAUUGUUGGGAAUGACGAAGGAAGAGUUCUUGGACCUUCCAACUUGGAAGCAAACAAAACUGAAGAAAGAAGUAGGUUUGUUUUGAUAACCACCAAUACCACCAGAUUUUCAAAAAACUUCUCAUCACUGGAAAUCAAAUGAGAUCAUUUAUUGUCUCCUUUUUCACAUACAUCCUUUUUACUGGACCAAAUUAUAUCUGGACCAUCACAUCUGCGUGAAGUUGAACUUGGAGGUUCUGUGCUAUUGUGACUUUUAUAUAGGAGUUUCUCAUGAAUUGUUUGACUUAUACACUUAAUGUGCCGUGGCUUUUUGCCUGUACUCUCUGGCUGUGCAAGUAAUUUUCAAUGGACAAGUUGUAUUAUAAUAAAAUUUUAUUUAAUUUAAAUUGAAUUGUGUUGCUACCAUUUUAAUGUGAUAUUUUUGUCCCUAAAAUGUAAAUAGAAUCUAGUUUCUUGAUUUGUAUUUUAUAUUAAAGACUUUCACAGGAAGAAUAAUUAACUGUUCUUUCAUUAACAGUAUAACAUUAAGACUCAAAAUAUGUCUAGUUUGUUUUGAUUUUUUAAAUUAGAGGUAAUUGUAGUUAAAUAUUGUGGUUAAGUUUUUAUUUUGACCGUUGAGAAUUUUAAUUGCAUUUGUUAAAAACUUCUUUGUUGUGAUCUGAAUAAGGAUUGUUCCUUUCUUGCAUUGUAAUAUGUAAUAUUGAUACUGUAUUUAUGUGAAUUUUCCUGGUUACCAUUGACAGAUUGUUUGUUUUGACGAGACUUAACAUUUAAUUUGUACUGUAGGAAGAAAAGUUUAUUUUAGGGUUUUUAAUGUGUCCAUUAACAUAGUAGCAAAGUGCAUUUCCAGUGUUCCUAUUAAUUUUUCUUUGUCAGGAAGGUUUUAUGGUUUUACCAAUAAACUUGUAAUUUUGAUGAGUCUAGUGUCAACGCAUGUGUCCGAAAAUUACGUAUUCAAAUUGAUAAAUUUGGUUUGGUAGCAUCUAGUCCUGCUUAUUGUUUCAAGACGUAAAAGUUUAGGUUUGUAAUUUAUUAUAGCAAAGUGUAAUUAUCGCCAGUGUUGCCUUAUUUGGGAACUGAGAAUUGCUUCCUUUUUGCUACUUGUCUGGCUUGUGACUUGUACAUAUUAUUUUAUUUACGUGUGUAUCUACUACUUGGAUUGUCAGUGUCCGCGAACAUGUAACAUACAAAGUGAAAUGAAAGCAUCACAUUGUGGAGAUGUUUCACAAAGAUAUCAUGUAGAUUUUGUCAGUGUAAAAUAUAAAUGUUUAAAUUUUCUAAUUUUUUGUACAUAACAAUUUAUUUGUAUAACAUAUAUUAUAUGCUUUGUAAAUUAAUAAAUGAAAAGGUUUUAAUUGUGAUACCAGUAA